AUGAGCUCGUCAACUGCGUUCCCACAGGGUGAAGUUUUCCGAUUCUCAUUUUCAGGAAAUGGUCAACUGGUUCUCGGCAUUAGCUCUUCUCGUAUUGUCAUACUAGAUGUGGCCACUGACCCAGUCGCCGUCAAGCAUGAGCUUAAGACUCGAAGGCGACCACUGGGAACCACAAUCCGUGAUGAUGGGUCUCUAAUUGCUGUUUUGUCUUCUACGCAUCGAGUUCAUAUCUACCAGCUUUCUGAUCAUGAAGCCAAGCACAUUCAAGCUAUCACGCUGAAUGAUGCUCCAAGGGACAUCAAAUUCUCUCCAUCAGGUAGUGUGUUAGCCUUAGCCUUUGAAGAUAGUAUUGAGGUAUACGCUGUGGGUGAAGAGGCUUUGCCAACCGACCGCCGAGCGGUGCGUUGUCCCCGUGUCGAUGCACUUUCAUUUUCGCCUGAUGGGGCGAUGCUUCUUGGCUUUACAGCUGAAGGUAUCGUCACUGUUACUCCUCCUUUCUAUACUGAGACCGGAACGGACGCCUCCCCCGAAGAACUUGAGAUGCGAAUGUGGACAACACAAAUUCUCUUUCCAGAAACCAUCGGUUGCCAUAUCACUCACGUCUCCCUUAUUGCUGGCCAAGAGGAGUCUGACCAUUACUGGGUGAUGGGAUAUGAUAAACAAUUGGGGGCGUUCAGGGCGCUUCAAUUAAACAACAAUGCGGGAAUCGUUUAUUUCGCCAGUCCAUUCCUCGCAGACGAGUCUCGGGAAAUGCGGCCAAGCAUGAGACCCGCCACAGAUGAUGCGGGGGAACUUGCUGCUUUGGGGUUCCAAGAUUCAGAACUGUGGAUAUAUGGGAUGCCUGACUUGGGUGCUAGCGAAACCACUGGUACCCAUUUUGGUGGUGGUCAUCAUUAUGGAGGUUGUGCGCCUCGCGACAACCUAGCACAACUCCAGAAGAUCGUUCAACAACCUAAGAUCUUGAUCCGGGGGCGGCGGGUAAGUGAUAUGCACGGGAUCACAUCCGCUCAUUGGGUACGUUCAGACUCGAGACGCCGUCGGAGACUCGUCGCGGUAGCGCCUGGUGGUGUGCGCUCGCAGAACUUUGGCGAAGAAGAUAUUCCAGUUGAUGGUGGUCGAAUCCUCCUCCUUGAUUUUGAGCGCUCCACUAUGAAUGGCGAAACGAUUGAGCUUGACAUCGAAGUCGGAGAAACGGCGCCCAAGAUUCUUAUGGAGCCGGACUCCUCUUUAGCCACAGAAGUUGAGCUUGAAAGAAGACGAACGCGACUACAUCGUGGCGAUACUGCUACAACAUUCGCAGCCAUUGGCAAUUCAGCGAUUACUCGAGAAUCCCGAGCUCUCCCACUUCACUUCCGCCGCAAUAGCCUUGCAAUCCCUACCUCGCCCAGCGAGACUUCUCGAGGCAAUAUAAUUGACCUUCCAUAUGAUAAUACGCAGCCUCGUUCCAGUGAAGUUCUCCAUCGAGCUGCUACUGCGGCUGCAUCAACCCGUGGACGAUAUGACCCUCGAUAUCGCAAUACCCUCAACCUCCCUCGACAAAUCCCUCAUGAGAGUGACGCCGAUAAUUGGGUGCCACCACCUCCUCCUUACAAACGUGAGACAGCGGGCCCAUUGCCAGAUGAUCUACAGCGAAUGCUUCUCCCCCCAGUCAAUGUCGCCAAUUCUACCCUCCGGCCUGAAGGAGAAGCAAACCGCUCACGCCCACAAUCUGUCAAUUUCCAGAGUCUAGAAACUAUGACUGGCGCUAGGCACAGAGAAAAUUCCAUUCACAGAGACUUUAACCCAGACCAAUUGGUCCCCCAAGAUUCGUUCACAAGCAACUUCUCGCAAGAACAGCCUGGAUCUGCCUGGCGUCCACCUACAACAAUCCAACCCACCACACCUACUGUUGUUGUGUAUCCAGCCGAACUACCCCCACAGGAAAAUACCAUGCCUCUUCCAUACUUGAGGGCCUCGGCACUGGGCGAUGCACUUGGUGAUGCCUACUUCCCAUACUCUGUAUCAUCCCCAAACCUUCUCCACAUCCCACAGCCAUAUGAAGAUGAGCAGGGCACUGUGGCAGAUGACGAUCAUGAGAUACCUCAGAGGCAAAGGUCUUUCCAAAGGCGGGUUUCAACAGAACCGUCUAGCUUACCGCCACCAACGAACGAGGAAUGGCGCCGGCGCAUUCAGGAUUGGAACGAUAACACAAUUAAGGAGCGGGGCCGUAAACGAAGGGGGAAGUGCCAUGUCAUGUAG